UGGCAUAUAUCAUACAUGAUGUCAUGGGAUCUCGGGCUGCUGUACUUGUUAAUGUUCGUGAGCUGUGGCGUCGGGGUAAACGAAAUGGACAAGACUCAGUACGAAGAAGGUAGAACACAGUUUGAAGUUUUGCAGAGACGUUCACAGAAUCCAAAGUACGGUAAAUGUUGGACAAACACUGUUGUAUUGCUACAGGAAGGUUGUAAGCAUUUAACAGAUGUAACUCAAAGCAGACUAGCAUUGUCCUAUCUGAACUGCUUCUUAGAAAUUCAAGGGAGGACCACGUACCCGUGUGAUGAGACCGUGAGCGUGAGAGAGUGUUUGCUGGAUGUUACUGAAUCGGACAGAACAUCACUGACUAAUUUCUUUACGCACACCCACAGCAUAUGUUACUUUCUGCAGUCUCAGGUCUGGCAUGAGAAUACGCAGAACACAAUCACUAGACUCAGCCAGGCAUCAGACGAGGUGGCCGAGAAUCUGGCAGCAACAACAGACUUACAGAAAGAGGCUCUCAAAAACCAGGAAAUAAUCAUUCAACAGUCCACAAACCUCAGCAACAUUAUCAACUCAUCCUCUGAAAAUCUUCAUGCAGUAAUAUUAGAUUUCCAAAAAACAACAGAUGAACAACGAAUUCUCAUUAACGACAUAUUUGACAAAAUUGUCCACCUUCAGAAGACUAUGUUGGGAGAAUUUUCUGGGUUCUACUCCAUUGUGUAUUACACUGUUUCUAUUGUGCUGUCAUACCUAAUAACAUCAACUCCCCGCACUGCUGCAGCUAGAUUCUGGAUGUUUGGUAUCGUGACCUUCAAUAUCAUAAUAGAGAGGGUCAUUAUUUACAUGUUCACCAGUGGUUACUUAGAGGAGGAUAACAUUGAGGAGGCUGCGUACGGCUGGCAUGUUUUCUGUCGUAAAGUCAGUGGAUGCCUAGCCAUGGUCAUACUGGUGAUUCAUGCUGCUCGAUACCGGGAUCUUAAUGUUGUCAACAAUCAACUCCUCAUGGACAUCAAAUCAGAGCUACAACUUCUGCGUUAUAAAGAAAAGGGACACAAUUCAGACGAGGUUGAUCACAUCCUUCCAGGCGUCCAGGAAGCAGCACUGACCCAGGGGCCAAUGAUGACACCCUCACUCCUUCACUCCCACACAUCAGCUGCUGCAGACAGUACUGAGGGUUAUGAAUCAGAUUCUGCUUGGAGCAGUUCAUCCGACAUGUCCGAGGAAUCAUCCUACACAGAUGUCAGUUACCAUCCAAAUCUGACAGAAGCUGUCAGGGGAGAUCACUCUAAUGCCUCCACUAGUAACUGUGGAUCAUCGCUCAUCGGUGAGGAGGAAAUGGAAUUCCUUAGAAAUUCCACCCCAAUCCGAGAAGGAAACUUCCAGAGGAUUGAGGAAUGGAGGAGGACUGGUUACUACACUACAUCAAGAGGAGAUGCUAGUUCCCACCCCUCUCCUUCCACCCCUGGUGAUUCUAAGAGUGUGCAGACCAAGUACAAUCUUAGAAAGAGGACACCGACCCAGAUAAUGAACCCAGCUUUGAGAGAAGAGUCCCCAAGAGUAUUCAGAAAUAGAAUAAAAAACCUGGAGCGACUUGCCAUGCAAAACAGCACUGCAAUACGAGAGAGACUCCAUGAGGUUAUUUCAGAUUCCGUCUAUAGCAUUGAGGAAAGAAAUUAGGCAAGAAUAACUGUGGUAAAUAUAGCCUAGCUUUGUGUAUAUUAUGUCAAAAAAUGUUUUGUAUAAAAGAAGGAAUACUUGCCAGAUUUUAUGGCGUAGAUUUUUUUUUUUUUUUUAAUAUCUUCGCUUAAAUUUAUUAUUUCAUGAAAAAUAUGUAGUAAUUUACUUUGGUAGUCUUUUUUUCUAGUGUUUAGAAAUGCUGAAGCUUGUUCGCUUUUUUUAACCUACUUUGUAGAGUGUUAGAGGUUGAUAAUUUUGUUUUUGUUUUUGUUUGUUUUGAAUGUUUACAGACAUCAAUCUAAUAUAUGAUAACUUUUUACUUACUUUCAGCAGCAUUGUGAUAAGUAUUUAAUUUCUCUGAAAUUUGUUAUCUUUUUUUUCUUUUGUAUAUUUCAAGUGCUGUAAACUGAUGCAUGGUAUAUUCAA